CUCAGGAGAAAAUCGACAAGUAACCUCGACGGAAGCCUGCGCCCCACGAGCCAUAGAAGCGAUUGGCAGCCUAUAGAGUGAAGUUUUAAGCUGAAAUUGUGUCUUCGGAACCAAACAAAGUGCAGCGAUUUUGUGAGCCAAUCAUGGAAGUGGAAGGAUCAUCGAAGCCAAUGAUAGCAACGCAGGCGGAGAUGGUGGAGGCCAGAGUGCCCAUCUCCUACAGGGACCAGUGCGCUCAUCUGUUGAUCCCGCUCAACAAGUGCCGCCAGGCCGAGUUUUAUCUUCCAUGGAAGUGCGAGAAUGAGCGCCACGUUUACGAGAAGUGCGAGUACGAGCUUGUCAUGGAGAGAAUGCUUAAGAUGCAGAAGAUCCGCGAGGAGGAAGCCAAACUCAAACAAGCCCAGAAGCAGGGAAACCCCAUACCUCUCGUCCCCAAAACUGCCAAUGCCUAGCUACGAGACAUCAAUUGUUUUCCUUCUUUUUUCUUCUUUCCUGCUUUCAAAAUUUGCCGAGAGAUGGAUAUUCCGGCAUCUGUGACCAGUUCUGCUGAAAAGUUAUUUGGAGUGUUUAUCAUGAGACAAAUGUAACAGACUCCUUGCUUGGUAUUUUGUCAGUUGUACGACAUUGUUCAAACUUAUGGAAUAAAUUCCUUACUGGCACUGAAA